CCCAAAAAUAAAUAAAUCAUCGUCCAUGUAAAAACCUCAGCCUUUGACCAGGGUAAACAUUAGAAGAAAAGACGCGGGAAAAUCUGCAUUGAAACCCUAGAAGGCCAUAAUGGGAUCGCUAGAAGUGGAAACUGAGUAUCAAGAACUCCCAAACGCAUCGCUGGAAGUGAAAACUGAGCAUCAAGAACUCCCAAACGCAUCGCUAGAAGUGAAAACUGAGUAUGAAGAGCUCCGAAACGCUCGAAUCUUGGAAAACAAGGUACUUACUGUACAGGCUAGAAUGGCCAGUCUUGGAAUUCAAAAAACCAUCGCAGAGCUUCGAGCUAGAGCACAAUCGGCGAAGAGACCUUGGAACAAAGUGGACUACUUCUCUGCCCCUUUGCGUUGUUCCAAUCGAUUGAGAGGCAUCUCUCCACCACCACCAUCGCACCCUUCACCGGAAGCUUUGGCUCGGCGUUGCACUGCUUUGAAACUGUGUGUUCGCUGUCACUUCUGCAGAGAAAAGAAAUUGUGUGGUGAAGAAGAUUGUAAACGUUGUGGUGAUUUGGACAUGGAUCAGCCUUGCUUAGGCCAGACAGAUUGUUCAAUUUGUCAUUCUAGCAGUGGUAUUUUUUGCCGAAGAUGUCUUAAUAGCCGCUAUGGUGAAGAACUGUCGGAGGUGAGAGCAAAUAAAGAAUGGAUAUGUCCUCAUUGCACUGAAGAAAAAGGCAUCAAUCCAUAUUGGAUAUGUAACAGCCGAAAUUGCCUAGAGAAGCGAAAGAUGGCUCCAACUGAGAGGGACACUAUAUACAGAGCUAGAAAGAUGGGAUAUAAAUCAGUGGCACAUCUGUUAAUGGAUCAGCUAAAGGGAGCAGUGGAAGGGAGAUGAUAAGAGCUUUUUAGUGAAUUUUGUAAACAUCUUAUUGGGUCUAAUUAGAAGAGCUACAUAGGCAGCUAAAUUAACUUCAGAACGUAAAGAUGAAUAUUAUGAAGACCAACCACCGAUCGUAAUGGCUUGGAUCCUCAUUAUCUAAAGAUGUAACUGGUGCGUGCGAUGUAAAAUGUUUUUGGUUUUUCACCUGGUGUUUUGUACCCGCUAUGGGAUCCGACUAACUAGAUGUGCAAAGCAAUGCCAAAGGACAAGACCCUUGUGCCA